UUUAUUUUCCUUCCCCAAUCUUCAACUAUUAUCCUCCAUUAUUCUCAAACUUUUUUCUCCAUAUAGCUUUAAAAUUUUCCUAUUCUUUAAUCAAAGUUGCAAUAAACUUGUAAGAUGGAAGAAAUUGAGAUACCUCAAUACUUCAUUUGUCCCAUAUCUUUACAAAUCAUGAAAGACCCAGUUACAGCAGUGACAGGCAUCACAUAUGAGCGUGAAAGCAUCGAGCAGUGGUUGAUAUCAGCAAAGCGCAACACAACCACGUGCCCUGUCACAAACCAGCCAUUGCAUAGAGACUCAGACUUGACGCCAAAUCACACGCUGCGUCGGCUAAUCCAGGCGUGGUGCACAGCUAAUGCAACAAAGGGUGUUGAUCGAAUUCCCACACCGAAAGCUUCUCUCGACCGAACCCAUGUACUGAAACUUGUGCGAGAGCUUAGAGUUGGUCAUUUGUAUGUAAACGCAUUGAAGAAAAUGGAAGCCCUGGCAACAGAGAAUCAACGCAACAAGUUGUGCAUGGCUGAGGCUGGUGUGGCUAAGGAGUUGUGCUUGUUAAUCAUGAAAUGUUUUAGAGAAGGGAGUACAAUUGGCCUUAAAGAAGCUCUUAGAAUUCUUCAUCUUAUAUGGGGUUCAAUUCCGAAACCGGAGGUUAAGAUUCUUGUUAAUGAAAACUGUGAUUUUAUCGACUCGUUGACAUGGGCUUUGAACUGUGAAAUUGAUAAUCAUGUUCUUGUGAAAAUAGAAGCAAUGUUAGUUCUGGAAAAGGCAAUUAAAGCUACAAAUUCAAGUCGAUUGGAGCGGCUAAGGCUUGAAUUCUUCAAAACCAUUAUAAUGGUAUUAAGAGGAAAAGUACUUUCUCAACAAGCUAUCAAAUCAGCCUUGCUUGUGCUAAUAGAAGCAUGCCCUUUGCGCAGAAACAGGUUCAAAAUAGUGGAAGCCGGUGCAGUUUUCCAGCUAAUUGAACUCGAACUUGAAAAAGCUCAUGAAAAGAACAUCACUGAGCUAAUCUUUAAUGUUUUGGCACAAUUAUGCUCAAUCGCUGAUGGGAGAGAACAGCUUCUAAGACAUGCAGGAAGCAUAGCAGUGUUGUCUAAAAGAAUCCUCAGAGUUUCUCCAGCCACAGACGACCGAGCUCUUCAUAUACUUUCAUUGAUUGCAAAAUUCUCCGCAAGAAAUGAUGUUAUUCAAGAAAUGUUGAGGGUUGGAACUGUGACAAAGCUUUGCAUGGUGAUGCAAGCAGAUUGUGCAACAUAUCUAAAAGAAAAGGCAAGAGGGAUACUUAAGUUACACUCUGUUGUGUGGAAUAAUUCUCCAUGUAUUGCUGUAUAUCUGUUAACGAGGGAGCAGAGGUAAUAAAUAUUUGGGAACUUUCUUUAGACUUUUCUUCUUGGUUUUACCAUUAUCUUUUUCUUUGUAUCUGUAUCCAAGCAACUGCAUACUAUAGCAAUUGUUGACCUUUAAUUGGG